UUAUCAGGUCAAUAAGUCUGUACCUAUAUAUAAGAUAAGCCAAAGAGUUUUUGCUGUUAACCCAUCUGACACACUUUCCACAGAGGAGAAACUAGAUACCUGCCAGUAUGAACAAGCUACUGGUUAUCACAGUUGUCAUUGCUCUCCUUGCUCUGGGAGCAGAGAGCUUCCGUGUGCCCAGGCAGGCUGAGGAGGAGAAGGGAACCAUUGCCACUGUGGUGAACACACUUAAGACCUACUAUGACCAGAGUGUUGACACUGCCAGCGGCUAUGUAGAGACCAUCAAGGGCUACAAACUGGAUGAGAAAGCCAAGAACCUGUAUGAAGACACAGUUCGAGCUGUCAGCACCUAUGCUGGCAUCUUCAACGACCAGCUAUACCACAUUUUGUACCCUCAAGACAGCUCCUAAAUCACAGUAUUACACCUCAACAAGACUCCAUUUCUUUCUGGUCCUGAGUCCGUCACCACAAGUAUCCCACAAGGCGGCAGGACAGUCUGGGGUGAAAACAUGACGGUUGAACUUGUCUUCCAAUGGCCUGUUACCUUUGCUCUGUCAAAAUACUGCAAAAGCACAUAGCGCUCUGACAAACAUCAGUGGAUAAAUAUGAUGUGAAGUUCUGGGGUAAAAUAUAUAAUGCUCAAAACAAUCUGUUUUUGGAUGAAGAUCAGAGACCCUUUGCUGCUGACUGUUACCUGGCACCCUCUAUCAUACGUCCAGGUUAAAACAGAAUCAUCGACUAUUCAUUGAAGUUUAUCUUUACAGAUUAAAGAAACCCUUUUAUUAUAUCAACUUUUUUUACAUUAACAAAUUGCAAUAAAACUCCACAUUUGUAGAAAA